UGUGAGCAGAGAGCGAGCGAGCGAGCGCGACCGAAGCAGACGGAGUGCCGGCGGGGAAGGGAACGCAUCGCCAGCCGCUCGGCGACCAUGGUGGAUGCAUAGCUUUCCAGAUGUCAUCCUUUUGAGCCAAACUGCUUAAUACUUGUAUACACAGCUACCAAUGUAUGUUUCUAUGAGAGAGGAGACCAACCAAUGGUCUCAGUAAAUCAUAGCAAACUGGUAUCUACUUCAGGUCCCUUGAUUGCCUCAGCUUCUGUUCUGCUAGGCAACACUUCUGAUGCUCUUGCACCAGAGAUGCCGCCAUUAAAUCCGCUGCAGGAGUUCAGCAGGCAACAAGAGUCUAACCCAGCAGCUAUCUCCAACGCAAUCUGCACAUCCGAGAUGGGUGUCUCUUUGUCUAAAGUGAAAAAGGAAGCUGAAAAACCACAGACAACUGUCUACGAAGCUUACCUCAAGCUACCCAAUUUUUGCCCAGAACUCUCCAGAGACUUCAUUCCUACACUGGAGGAGAUUGAGGAGUUCCUGAAUGAAAAGAUGGCACUUCUCAAGGAUGAACUGACUGACAAACAGCCGGUAGGAGGACAGCUUGAGAUAAAAUCUGAAAUCAACUUGGAAAGCCCUGGAGAAAAGUCUGUUCCCGGAACUGCCCCAGAUGAAAGCCUUGAAAGCUCUGCUCAAACCAGAAUGGCAGCUGGUGGUACUAGCAUACCGGGGACCAUGGGGACUAUCCCUGUCGUCCUUCAGAUCCAGCCCAUCCAAAUGAGUGAAGGUAGCUCAUCCACCCAGAGCCCUGUGGGAGGUGGUAUCAGGCUGGCUCAGCUGGUCAUCAAAAUGCAAGGCCAGAGCAUGACUGUUCUUCCUCAGGUUGUCCAGAGCCCCAUCACAGGUCCAGAUCAAAAGUAUGUACGAAUAGCCCCUUUGCCCGUGGAGCUGAGGCCUGAAGUUCUUGGAAGCACAAAAGGCAUGGAGGAGGCCAAGGUCCCGAAAGCCUCCUCUUCUGUCAUCCGAGUCCACAAAUGCACACAUCCUGGCUGCACCAAGAUGUACACCAAGAGUUCUCACCUCAAGGCACAUUUCCGGCGCCACACUGGGGAAAAGCCAUAUACCUGCACUUGGCCCAACUGUGGCUGGAGGUUUUCCCGGUCUGAUGAACUCUCUCGCCACAAACGCUCUCAUUCUGGACUCAAGCCUUACCAGUGCCAAGUGUGUGAGAAGAAAUUUGCCCGGAGUGAUCAUUUAUCCAAACAUACAAAGAUUCACAAAGGAUCUUUAAGUUCCUUUGGAAGUCGGACAGCUCAGGGUUGUAUGGGUAAUAGUUAACCCUUCCUUUGCUGCCUUGCCAAAAGACAAAUUCCAGUAAAUUCAGAUGACAAAUUGAAAUAUAAAAGAUUGUUUUCCUUUUGAUUGAGGAGAUAAGGAAGUAGUAUGUUUUUAUGGAACCCCCAAUGCCUACCUCUACCAAAUUGCCUUACAAUCAGGGCUAGCCACCAAUUCAACGUCUCUGAUGCUUGUGAACUUGUGUUAAAUAAUAAUUAUUACAUUGGAGAGAAAAUGUGACAGUUAAGGGUGUUGGAGUGAACAGUGUGAGUUUCUCAGUUUUCUCAUUAGAACAUUAUUCUAACGUUCCUGUGAGGAUGGAUACAUGGGGGAAAUAUACAAAUAUUAGCAUUUCUUCUUUGGUUGCUAUGUACCUGAUUGUUUUGUCACUGACUCUAAAACUGAGAUGAGCAGGAGAAAGUUAAUUUCAGUGGAAAUACCAUCAUAUGGGUUCACUAAAAUUACAAAAGUGAGUCUUGAAAUCUGGAUCUCGGAUUCUAACAUCACAUUUCUGUAUGAAUUCCAAGUUCCCAGUUUUAAAAUAUGAGCUACACUUUCCUAAACAUGAUUAUUUUGCCACCAAAAGCAGGCUUCAUACUGUUUGAUGUAAUUUGCCAUGGUUUUAAUUGUUUGUCUUUAAGGAAAUGAAUUGCAUCUUGCAUUACUGUGAAUCACUGUUGGCUCUUACAGACACAACUGAAAUGCGUAGUAUUCUGUGAACUGUAACCUGCCAGUGCCUGAGAAUAGUACCCAAGAUGAAAUGUGUGCACAUGUUGCUUUUCUUAGAGGAAGUGUUGCAUGGUAAGAAAUGUAAUCUCUUCUGCCUUUGUAAUAAGGCAGGCAAGAAUGUUCAGCAUUUAGCAUUCUGCAGCUAGUCUACAUGGCUCACAUGCCUUUCCCAUGAGCUCCUCUUGAUCAUUGUUAUACAUCCAAAAUGGUUCUAGUGUAAAGGGGUUGGGCUUACUUUAUUUCUGUUCCACAUAUAAUAACUUCCCUUGCAUCCAUACAAGGCGAUACCCAGUGAGCUUCGUGGCCAAGGGGGGAUAUAGACCCUGACCUCCCAAGUCCUCUGUGCAGCCCUUUACCACCUACCCCAGGUGACCUUCCAUAUGGCAAUGGCUGGGUUAGCAUGUUUACAUAGAAACAGUGCGAGUCAGAAGGGGCCAUCUAGUCUGACCCCCGGUUCCAGCUGGCUCUGCUCAUGACAUGCCCACCAUGUGCUCCAUCCGCUCAUGACAUGCCCGUUACUGGUGAAACCCAAUGGUUUCUUUUCCUCAUUGCACCCCAGUCACACUCUGCAUGAUUUCUCUGAUUACUUUUGUGGUGUGCAGGUAGAUGUGCCAUCUGAACCUGAAGAGGCGUGGGUGGUUUCCAAACUGCCCCAUAAACUAUGGUUUAUUGUAAGGCUCUGAGGUGGUUUGGAAGCCAACCCAUGUGUGAUUGUGUGGCAUGUGAUUGGCAUGCAUGAGGGCGGGGGGUGGGGGAAGCACCGUGGCUUUUUUCCCGUGAUCAUGCAAACUGGCCAAUGUUUUAUUUAGCUAAAUCAACACAAUUUUGUGGAACCAUAAAGAUGAAGCAGCGUAUUUUGGCAUCAGCUGCUGCAAGACUCUGUCAUUUUUUGCUGCUCCUAGCACAACUACUCUUCUGGACGUUGUUUCUUUAGUUAGGCAUUCAGCGUUAUUUAUGUGCACUCUGCGGCUGUUGCUGCAAAGGAAAGGAAUCUUUAGCUGGGCACAGAGGAAGGUCCCUUUCUGCAGCUGUAACUGACUGCAACAGCAUGCCUUGCAUCUGCACGAAUGCAUUUGUUUCUUGUGCAUCUCCAGCAUUUCUCUGGACAAGCGCCUGCCAGCAGAUGAGAACAAUCAUCCGCCAAGAGUAGCAGCCUGCACUCUUGCAUGUUUACUUGAAAGCCUGUGAUUACAAGAUGUGUCCAUGAUGGAAUGUCUUGUUGUUGCCUGCCUUGGCUGUUUGAGCCUCCUUCCCCUACAGGCACCUUCUUUUUUCAGCACAUGCCAGGCUGUGUGACUCACACAACUGCCUUCUCCUUUCCUUGCUUCAGAUCACUAUACACAAAAACUGGAUUUUCUCUUUGGUUUCAUUAUCCCACACUGCCCUGUCUCAGUCUUCAAGUGUGGCUGAGAAUGAAUGUAUUGAGAAUUUCUGCUGCUGUUACUUCUCCUGCUGAAUGAGCUUCUGUUGGCCAAGUCACUAAAAGAAGGAUUUUAAAGUAGCUCCUAUGGAAAAUUGCAUGAUGGCCAUGUUAGCUAUUUAAAGUCUCCCCCUCCCCCAAGAACUCAUGCUCACAGGUGCAUAAAUCCAGGAUUCAUGCCCAGUCAGGCAGAUAGAUAUAUUUGCCUAUGUCACUGUAGAGGAAAAACAAACCAAACUGGCCUACAACCUGGCAGAACGACUUGCCAACCACAGCGUUCCUUCUGAAAAGAAAAUGUGUUCAGGCAAUCCAUGUGCUUCCCACUCCCCCUUACUCCUUUCUUCUUAGCUUUCACAGGAAUAGGAUGGAUGAUAGUUUGGCCGGUUGCUUCCCAAGGACUUGUUUAUAUAGCAAUCAUUUAUCCAGGGAUUACAGUGUCUUAUCUCACUUUGGCCCCUGAUUGACUUCUUGACUAUAUAAAUAAAUUCCACAUUCAAGAAGGCAGUCAGCGGUUGAUGAAAACUGAGACAGUCCACAGCCUAUAGUAAAAUCAGAUAUUUUCUCUCUCUCUGCAUCAUGGCAUAUGUGAUCAUGUAAAUACUACCAGAGCUGUUAACUCCUACCAGUGCUGAGACAAGCAUCUCCAGACACAGCAUGAUUUAAAGGGGUAAGGAACCUAGAUAAAACUGGCAUGGAAACCCAUUUUGCUGGGCAGGGAGUAAUCUGUUGCUUCCACAAAAAAACCUUGAAAAGAGAAGAACAUUGGCCUUUAAUGGGGAAAAAAAGUCUGCCUGGCAAGGAAACUGUUUUCAGAUGGAGAGUAGGGAUGUGGAACAUUUAGGUGACCUUUGCUUCAUGGCUAUGAGUGUCACAUUUUAGGACAGUCAAAGGCAGGAAUUAUUGGGGUUUAUUUAGCUUACUUGUCUUAUAUUUGUCCUUGGCUUAUAUUUAAUGCAUAUUGAAUGGCAUGGAGGCAGAAAGAAAGACUUUACACAAUACUUGCUGUGUAUUGUCAUGUGACUAAUCCAAGCACCUGGAUUCCCUUGUAGCACAUGAAUUUUCCAUAGCUGUACCUACACAAGUGGCAGAAGAAGUCCAUAGGACUGCAAAAGCUAUGCUGUUCUGUAGUUACUAGCUAACCUCAUAAAAUACGUUGCAUGGAUCAUCUUUUACCAAUUGCCUUAUGUCCCACGAAAUAAUUGGAAACAGGAAACCUUAUAGUACGCAAGGGAUGUGAUGUGCCAUUUAGAGACAGGUCGGGGAUGAGCAGAACAAAAUUCAGACUGCAUAUAUGCUACAAGCAGAAUGCAAACGCUGAACACUCAAACACAUAGGGCACAUAUAUGCAGCAUACUGUUCUUAUACAAUGUAGAAGAUAUUUAUCUCAUUCAACAGGUGGAUAAAAUUAAGGUAUUCAGAUAACUGACUAGUCCAGUGUCAGUCACUGAACCCAGGGCUAAAAAAAUAAUUACUCUUGAAGAACUGUAACUAUCAUUGGAAUGAUACUAUAUUAAGAAUAAGUGAUGCAGCAUUCCCUGCUUGGUGCCAUGAUGCAUUAAGUCUCUGAAAUUCAAGAUGGUGGUGGUGGUGGUAUAAAUUCUAAAGUUUAGGACAAAGCACAUGAUGAUGCUCCUUGAAACUGAAAGCACUGUAAUCCUACACACAUUACCUACCCACUUAACACCAAUAAAUUCAGGGAGACUUUCUUCUGAGUACACGUUUUGAAUAGUACUGUAACAGCUCAAUCCUAAGUAGGUUCACUGAGAAAUCAGUCCUAUUGCCCUCCAUGGAACUUAUUACCUAGAAAGUUUAUUUAGGGUUCAGCGAAGAGGCAGGAAGAAGAGAAUGAUUUUGAACAGCACAACUGACACGCAAUGGAUUUGUAAGCCACCUUGUGGAGCAACUGGGCCAAAAUGUGGGGUAGAAAUAUUUGCAUUUGCACAGCACUGGAAGUUUUAAGGAAAGUGCAACUGUUUCCAGAUUUCCAAUCAGAGACAGCUUUAUCAAUAGGCAGAGGAUGGUGGCUGAUGAUAUGGGGAGUGCAAUGAGCUUUUGGAGGAUAUCUAGCCUGUAAAUGGCUGCCCUGAGAUGCAGUGGAAGACACCAUCUGUGUAGAAGAAUGAUUGACCUGCUGGUUUGGAGUAUAUGGAACGGGGAGGUCUGAUUUCUGAUUAUGCAUAGGAUUGUGCCCUUAUUUAUCCUAAAUGUCUUUAUCAUUAUCUGAAAAAAAAAUACCUCCCCUUAUUUUCAUAUACUCUAAUGUAUGGAGACACCCUUUGGCUGAUGAUUCAUGUGGCAUAGGCAGAAAGGAAUUAGGAACAGGGAGGGGACAGGAGAGGACAGCAAUUGAACUGUAAAGAGAAGAAUGGGUGGAAACAUUAAAACACAAUGGGCAGUAGUUACCAGGGACAAGCAGGCUUAGUUUGCAUCACAGUUCACUUGGGCUGAGACAUAGAACCUUGCUUACAAUCUUUGAAAUUGUGACCUGCUUAGAAAAAGAACCAAGGUAUCCAUGUUGGCAGUAAGAAAUUUCCAAAUUCCAUACAGAUUUGGAAAUUAAUUUUAGGCCAACUGCAAGGUCACCAAAAAUGUGCAUGUUUCUGAGACUACCAGAUCUCUUAAUCAAGUUACAAAAGGCAAACUGGCAAGGUGCAGAGGGAGGAGGAGGGAAAUGGUGUUUUCACUUCCUGUUCAAAAAUUUCUUGGGAAAGGUAGGGCAGUAACACAAAUGAAGUUUUUUAUAUGUUUACUGCCUGCACACCACAGUGGUAAAUGUAACAUAGCGUGAAGUGAAAAAUGCAUACCUAAAUAAGCAUUUGCAAGUUGGCUAGAAACCUGCCAACAUCAUGCCCCCGUCUCACAUUUUAUGAUGUUUUCUGCUGCAAAAACUUGGUACGCUGAAGGCAUACAUGGAAUUCUGUCCCGUGUGAAUCUCUUCCAAAUUCCUGCAGGUCUGCCUGGAUUGUAUCCAAUCUGAAUUUAUCUGCACUGCACUCACAGAUUAAAGUAAUGUGAAACCUGGAAUGAGAAACAAAGAUUUCCAAAAUAGGGCUUCCAGCCUACAUUUUGUAUCUUAUCUUGGUUGGGCAACUACCAUGUCAUAUCCCCAAAGAGUGAAACACGUUGCUUUUUUGCCUUCUGUUUUCUGUUGCUGUUGCAAUGUUCAGUUUUCUGGAUUUUAGGAUGCAAUCCUAUGCAAGUUUAGAGGAGAAAGGCCUACAAUUCCCAGCAUGCACCAGCAAGUCAUGCUCUUUGGGAAGUGCCUGGAAUUGUAGGCCCCCCUUUCCCCUCAGUCUAAACGUGCACAGAACUGAACCUUUAUACCCUUCUUAAUGUAGCCAAAUCAACCUUUCUCCCCUUUCUAGCUCUAUAGCAGGACCUCCAUCAUUCAUCCUUUAGCCAUUCUACCUCUGACUUCGAGAUGGAUGGAUUCUGUUACUUACUGUAUGUAGACAAACAACUGCGCUGGAAACCAUCAAGUCAAAGAACCAACUCGCAUCUAUUUUAUAGUGGCCCUGAUGAAGUCAAGAGCUAAUCUAAUCUCCGCCCUCCUCCACUGGCAACAUGACCUUGCUAAUGUGGUACCGGGACAACUUUUACUGGGAGUGGGGGCAAAAUUUGUUCAGAAUACACAUUUCAUUUCACAAGUA